AUGGGACUGAAGAAUCUCUCAACCUUUUCUUUUAUCAAUAUGCUUGGGUUUAGAGAAGGAGUGAAACACAUACUGGAGAGAAACCCUAUGAAUGUAAACAAUGUGGUAAAACCUUUGCACAGCCUGGUCAUCUUCAAGUACAUAAAAGAAGACACACUGGAGAGAAACUCUAUGAAUGUAAUCAUUGUGCUAAAGACUUUGCUCAAUACUGUGCUCUUCAAUUACAUGAAAGAACACAUACUGGAGAGAAACCCUAUGAAUGUAAUCAGUGUGGUAAAGCCUUUGCACAGCCUGGUCAUCUUCAAGUACAUAAAAGAACACAUACUGGAGAGAAACCCUAUGAAUGUAAUCAGUGUGGUAAAGCCUUUGCACAGCCUGGUCAUCUUCAAAUACAUAAAAGAACACAUACUGGAGAGAAACCCUAUGAAUGUAAACAAUGUGGUAAAACCUUUGCACAGCCUGGUCAUCUUCAAGUACAUAAAAGUACACAUACUGGAGAAAAACCCUAUGAAUGUAAUCAGUGUGGUAAAGUCUUUGCACAUCGCAGUUAUCUUCAAGUACAUAAAAGGACACAUACUGGAGAGAAACCCUAUGAAUGUAAACAAUGUGGUAAAGCCUUUGCACAUCACAAAUAUCUUAAAGUACAUAAUAGAACACAUACUGGAGAGAAAGCCUAUGAAUGCAAAAAAUGUGGUAAAGCCUUUGCACAUCACAAUUCUCUUCAAAUACAUAAAAGAACACAUACUGGAGAGAAACCUUAUGAAUGUAAUCAUUGUGCUAAAGACUUUGCUCAAUACUGUGCUCUUUGAUUACAUGAAAGAACACAUACUGGAGAGAAACGCUAUGAAUGUAAUCAGUGUGGUAAAGCCUUUGCACAUUCCAGUCUUCUUCAAGUACAUAAAAGAACACAUAGUGGAGAGAAACCCUAUGAAUGUUAUCAAUGUGGUAAAGCCUUUACAAAGUGCAGUCAUCUUCAAGUACAUAAAAGAACACAUGCUGGAGAGAAACCCUAUGAAUGUAAUCAGUGUGGUAAAGUCUUUGCACAUCCCGGUUCUCUUCAAGUAGAUAAAAGAAGACAUUCUGGAGAGAAACACAAUGAAUGUAAUCAGUGUGGUAAAGCCUUUACUUGAAACAGUUGUCUUCGAUUACAUGAAACAACACAUCAUGGAUAGAAAUUCUAGAAUACAAACAAUGUG